AUGAGCGACGAGGAGGGUAACUACGAUGAGUUCAUGAUGUCCGAGGACGGGGAGCUCGACAGCAUUGAGAUGGAGGAAGAAAGCGGCGAAGAGAACGGCGUGGUGGGCGAUGACGAUGGGGUGGGCAGUGUUGAAGAAAGCGAACACGGAGUUUUACAGGGGCCGCAUUUGCCGGGCACGGAUGAGUUAUCCGCGGGAGUGCAAGAGUUGUACGAGACGGGCAAGUCGUUCAAAGAGGAUCAAGAAUUCGUUGCGGCGCGACAGGCGCUGCGAGGCGUGCAGGACGCGGUGAAUGCGGGUGCAGGUGCAAAUGGGAGUACUACGGGCGCUGGCGCAACGUGGUGGUUUCGCGCGCAGAAGCAAUUGGUCAAGAGCUGGCUGCUGGAGGCCACGUACGAGGGUGCGACGCCCGCGCGGCGCGCUGGGCUGCUGGAAGAGCUGCGAGCGUUGCGCGUGUGGCUUCCAGGCGCGGCGUUGCAGCGCGAGCGGGCGACAGGGUCCGUGUUGCGGCUGCUGGAGCGACUCGUGCCGGGGGUCGAAGAGUGUUUUCUGUUCGACGAGCCCGCCACGAUUGCGCGCACGCCGGGCGUGGACAUGGAGACGCUGCGAUUCCGGCUCGCGCUGCUGGCCGAGUUCGAGCAAUUGGCCGCGACAAUGCAAGUCGCAGACGCUGCUGGCAGCAGGCGAUUGCGCGAGGCGCUUCGGUUCAAGACGCUCCAGACGCGCGUGUGGGUUGCGCGCUGCCAGCACGUCAAUUGGCGUGCGAAAGGCGAUGUCGAUGAUGGUGAGACUGGCGGCAUGGUCGACAACGAGCUCGUCGCAGAACUCCAGCGCACAUGUGCGGGCGAUUUCGACGCGCUAGCGCUUCUGCUGCAAUGCCUGCUCCUGCGCUUCUUGCAGGGCGCGCCCGUGGACGUGGAUGCGCUUCGUGGAUGCCUCGCAGAGUUGCAAACGUUAUUCAGCAAGCUGUUCUCCCUGUCGCAACGUCCGCGCGUGCUGGCUGCAGUGCAUUUCGGGCAUUGCAUCGUGGCAAUGCGCGAUGAGUCGCCCCAGGGCCGCGCGCGCCGCGUGGCGGAGUGCAGAGAUGGCUUCUGGGAGUGUUUCAAGAGCCUCGAGGAAAUCGGGAUCGCCAGAAGCCUCGACAACGCACGAUUCCGCGACCUGGCGCUCACGGGCUUUGUGCUAGCGGAAAUGGUGGUCGGGUGCCAGCGCGACGCGGCCAACGAGCGCAUCACGCCGUUCGAGCUCGAGCAGAUCAAAAUCGUCGAGUCUGCGCCGCUUGUGCAGGACCUCAAGCGCGUAUACAACAGCUUUAAAGCGCUGGACCUGCCGCGCUUUGCUGCCUCCAUGCAGCGGCUCGGCCAUUUCCGCACGCACUUGGGCCCGUUGUUCUCGCAAGUGUACCAAUUGGCUCGCGUGCAAAAGCUUUGGAACCAUGUAGCCUGCCUUUACACGUGCAUCUCGCUAUCAGACAUUCAGCAGAUGCUCCAGAUCGGUGACGCUAUGGCCAUGACGCGCGACGAGCUGCUCACGCUGCUGAUGAAAAGUAUCAUGAACGGCUCGGCCAAGGUCUACUUCAAACUAGACCUCACGCGCGACCUGGUAUAUUUUGGCGAUGAGUACAAGAACCAUUUCUCAGCCUACACCAAGAGCCACUACCUGGCGCGCCGCGCUGCGGAACAGGAGCUUCGAUGCGCAAGCUUCGCUCCAAAGCAACGUGGGCCACGGGCCAGCGUCUCACUUAACCAAGAUGCGGCGCAGUUGCGCGCAGACAAAGAGUGGGUGGACGGCGUGGGCGUAUUUGACCCACCAGCACGUUUAGCGGGCACCAAUGCCGUUCAUUUUAUGGACGAGUUGCAAGCACUACGCGAAGGCAAGCAACACGAAGAUCCGCCAGUCUUCAGACGCGAAACUAAGUUGCCGGAACUACUGGCAUUGGUGACAGAGUCAUUGGGGUGA